AUGCAUACCAGCGAGUACGACUAUCUAUUCAAGCUCCUUCUCAUCGGUGACUCUGGUGUUGGGAAGUCCUGUCUCCUCCUUCGGUUCGCGGACGACACAUACACGGAGAGCUAUAUAAGCACUAUUGGUGUCGACUUCAAGAUCCGCACUAUCGAACUCGAGGGAAAGACCGUGAAGCUACAGAUUUGGGACACAGCGGGUCAAGAGCGAUUCCGCACGAUCACAUCCUCCUACUACCGAGGUGCUCAUGGUAUCAUCGUCGUUUACGACGUCACUGACAAUGAUACUUUCACGAACGUUAAGCAAUGGCUUCAGGAGAUUGACCGAUAUGCGUCGGAGGGUGUUAACAAGUUGUUGGUAGGCAACAAGUCAGACCUGACUAACAAGAAGGUGGUCGAGUACAGUGUGGCCAAGGAAUUUGCUGACCAACUCGGCAUUCCUUUCCUGGAGACCUCGGCCAAGAAUGCAACGAAUGUCGAGCAGGCGUUCUUGACCAUGGCGAAACAGAUCAAGGAUAGAAUGGGAGCUACGUCAACUCCUGCGGGAGGUGCGAAGUCAUUAACGGUGACUCCGGGGCAGCUCGUUGUUUACACUAACUCGUUCAAAGUCGAGCGCAUCACAGAAAAUAAGAAAUAUCAUCAAUACGAUGGUACUGUGUACUUUGAUUUCACCUCGUUAUACAUGCACUCAGUAUACCUGUUGAAUGGCACCCAUGCUCGCGUCUUACUACAACAGGCCGGAAGACGUAUCGAAAUUUUCGAACGGCUGCAAAACCAUACCGAACCGACGCUUUUCACCCCCAAGGUGAUCUAUGAUGGAGACGCGAUCGCUUACUCGGGGAGGAUACUCGCUUUUGGGCAGUCCCACACGUUUGAGGUAGACAUGUCAGACCGUGGUACGAGCAAGCGCCGAUUUGCGGUCACCUUGAAGCGCGUCGAUGCUUCAGUCAUCGACUUCAAUGAUCUACGUCAAUUCCUCGAUGGUCGUUUGAAGCAACAGACCCCAAAAGUCAUCGUAGCCAUCAAUCUCUUGCAACUCAUUUCAUUCUUCACUAAGGACGCUGGAAGGGUAACCCUGGGGGGCGGAUUAGAAGCAUGGAAAGGCUUUUACCAGAGCGUCCGACCAACGCAUAAUCAAUUACUUGUCAACGUAGAUGUUACAUGCGGUGUCCUCUACCAGGAGGGUCGCCUUAUUGACGUCGCCCUUGCUUUAUUGGGGCAAUCUCAUGUACGCACACUGAAGCUUCAGGAGGCUUCCCCCGACUUUCGAAAACUCAAGAGCUUCUUCAAAGGGGUAUUCGUUGGCUUUACGCAUUUGAAGGGCAAGAAGAAAAAGAUUUCGCAGUUCAUUCCUGAGGCUGGGUACUAUAAAUUCCAGAAGGGAUCCGAUGGACCGGAGAUUACCGUUCAGCAAUACUACCGGGAAACUUAUAACAUCCAUCUCCAGUACCCGGAGAUUAUUGGAGUUGGUUUUGUCAGGAAAAAUGAGGUUACCGUAAUCCCCUUGGAACUGUGUGUCGUUUUACCCAACCAGCGUUACACCCGCAAGUUGCCUCAAGAGUGCACCAAGAAGAUGGUGGAGUUUAGUUCAGAGAAGCCUCAAGCUCGGAUGGAGGCUAUCAUGAGAGGCUUAAGUAGCUCGGGCCCUAACACAGCUUUAGAUUACAGAAAUUCCCCUUAUGUACAAGAAGCGGGUUUGCAGAUCUCCGCAUCUCCUUCAGCAAUCGACGGCCAGGUUCUCAAGACACCAGGCAUGGCCUAUGGCCAAACCAACAAUUUAGUUAUUUCGCUUCAGUUUCCGAGGAAUGGGGGUUGGAAUGUGCUUAAUCAGAGGUUCCACCAGCCUCGCGAUAUUAAGGCGUGGGCUGUGGUGGAUUACAGCCUGAAUAAGGCGAGAGCCCGUUCCAAUACAGAGAGAUUUGUCAAGAUGCUGGUGGAAUGUUGCGGGCAACUAGGUAACAACAAUCGUUCUGUCUGUUUCGUGAAUGGUAGGGCUCAUGCGUUGCAGGAAUGUGUGUACAAAGUCGGGAGUCAGAAUGUUAGCCAGGACUUGAUGAAUGCUGGCAAGGAGGCCAGUUUCCAAACACCACCUGACCUCAUAUUGGUGGUAUUGCCAUCAUCUGCAGCAGAGAUAAGGUUAGCUGUAAAACAAUUUGGGGAUGUUCAUACUGGUAUCUCUACACAGUGUGUUAGGGAAGAUAAGAUUGCUCGUGCCAAUAAUCAAUACUGCAACAAUGUUGCAAUGAAGAUUAAUGCCAAACUAGGAGGUGUGAAUGCAAUACCCAAAGCACCUGCACUAGACAAAUUAAAGGAGGCACCAUUCAUGAUUAUGGGUGUUGAUGUGGGGCACCCCUCACCUGGAGUAAUGGAUCAGCCCUCUGUGGCAUCUUUAGUAUUCUCUUUUGACAUGGAUGCCUCACGUUAUGAGGCUUUGACUUGUAUCCAGAGGCCCAGACUAGAGAUCAUUGAAGACUUGGGAAGCAUGGUGAAGACUGCUGUCAACUUGUUUGGCAGCAGAAACAAGGCACCUCCUCAACGUCUCAUCCUGUUCAGAGAUGGGUUAUCUGAGGGUGAGUAUGCUCAAGCAGCAGAAAGGGAGAUCCAGGCUAUCAAAGAUGCCAUGGAUGCCCUUUGGACUGAAAGGAAGGUGAACAGGCCAAAGCCAUUGCUGACAUAUAUUGUAGUAGGAAAAAAGCACCAUGUCAGAUUCUUCCCAAAGUCUCAGAAUGAGGGAGAUAAGUCAGGGAACUGCCCUGCAGGCUUUGUGGCUGACAAGGGUGUUGGUAACCCAAUGGCCCAAGAUUUCUAUCUUCAGUCUCAUGGGGGUCUCCUUGGAACUAGCAGACCCAGCCACUACAUAAUCCUAGAAGAUGAAAACUUUGGAAGGAGGCUUGAUAUCUUGCAGAAUCUAUCUUUCUGUCUUUGCCAUGCAUAUGCUCGUGCUACUCGUUCUGUAUCCAUCCCUGCUCCAGUUUAUUAUGCUGAUAUUGUCUGUGCUCGAGCAAACUUCCAUUUCAAUCCAAACCUUCACUAUGAUGACAGUGCUAUGUCAUCCAUUUCAGGUGGUGCCAGUUUUGAUCUCCAGAAGUGGCACAAUGGGUAUAAAGGAAAACAUGCCAGCCUUGCUUGGAAGAUGCACUUUAUGUAG